GAGUUGUUAACAACUGAAGAAACUUACUUGAAUCACUUGCUAAUUAUUAAACAUUUUUAUAUGGAUCCUUUAUUAGAAGCAGCUUCUCAAAACAAAAAGCCAUCUCUUGUGAAUCUAAAAGACAUAGAAAUCAUUUUUGCUUUUAUACCACAACUUAUUAGUCUAUCAACAACUCUUGUUGAACGUCUGCAUGAUACAGUUGGAACAUGCCUUGAAGAUGAUAGCAAGAAAAAUCAAAUCUCUAUUGGCAAGACAUUUUGUGAUCUUGAAAAAUACUUUGAUAUCUAUAUUUACUAUACUGUCAACUUUGAAAAGUCGAGAAAGCACUUGAGAAAAGCAAGUUCAAGUAUUGUGUAUCGUCAACUAGUACAGGAUUCCAUAAGCCAAAAAAAAACAAAUCGCAUGUUGUUGGCUGAUUACAUGAUUGCACCUAUUCAAAGAAUUACCCGUUACUGCCUUUUACUAACAGACCUUCAAAAACAUUCAAAUAAGUCUCAUCGAGACUAUGUGUACAUAGACAAGGCAUUAAAAUGCCUAAAAGCACUUGCAUUCGCUAUGAAUGCAGUCCAAUGA